AUGGAGAGGAGAACACGACAACCCGUGAUAAUGGGCGCCACCCCAUUCCAGCGAUCUAUCCUCGAAGUCCGGUUGCCGAAACACUUCGACAAACCAACGGACAUGAGGUACGACGGAACCCAAGACCCUCUAGAACACCUCACGGCCUUUGAGGCCAGGAUGAAUCUGGAGGGGGUAGGGGACGAGGUAAGAUGUCGCGCCUUCCCGGUAACCUUAGCGGGACCCGCGAUCAGGUGGUUUAACGGCCUUCCGCAGGGGUCCAUCCACAGCUUCUCGGAUAUCAGCCGUGCAUUCCUAGCCCAAUUUACAACGCGAAUAGCAAAGGCGAAACACCCGAUCAACCUUCUGGGGGUUACCCAAAGACAGGGAGAGCCGACAAGGAGGUACCUAGAUCGUUUCAACGACGAAUGCCUUGAAAUCGACGGCUUGACCGAUUCGGUGGCCAGCCUUUGCUUAACAAAUGGCCUCCUCAACGAGAACUUCCGGAAACACCUUACCACGAAGCCCGUCUGGACGAUGCACGAGAUCCAGACGGUAGCCAAAGAGUACAUAAACGAUGAGGAAGUCAGUCGAGUCGUGGCUGCCAACAAACGGCAGUCCGGCUACAAUCAACCGCGGCAACACGGGAACGGGGACAGGCCAAAGGAGCGAACCAGGGAAGAGGCGCCAAACAAGACGCUGAGGACAUUCCCCCGAGUCGGGAAAUUCACCAACUACACCCCCCUCGCGCUCCCUAUCGUGGAAGUGUACCAACAAAUAGCAGAGAAAGGAAUCCUGCCGAAAGCCCGACCGCUCAAGGACCGCACCGGAGGGAACAAAAACCUCUAUUGCGACUACCACAAAGGCUACGGUCACCUGACGCAGGAUUGUUUUGACCUAAAGGACGCACUCGAACAAGCAAUAAGAGAAGGCAAACUAGCAGCAUUCUCCCACCUUAUCAGGGAGCCAAGGAGACGUUAUCGCGACGAAGAUGAGGAAGGCAAGAUCCGUUCGGCCAAGCGACGGCCAGAGCCGGAAGGCGGAGAUCACGGCCUCACUGUGAUAAACGUAGUGACGGCCAAAAACGCUGCACCCAGAUCCAGAUCCGCACACAAGAAAGAUACAAAGAUACUGUCAAUUUCCUCCUCACCGAUGCGGAGUUCUAAGAAGCCCCCGCACAUCUCCUUCGGCCCGGAAGACCAAUGGUUCGACGACGCCCCGGAAAACCCACCCAUGGUCAUCACGGCCCGGGUGGGAAUCGGCCUCGUUAAACGCAUCCUCGUCGAUACAGGGGCGGACUCGAACAUCAUGUUCCGCAAUGUAUUCGACGCGCUAGGGCUCAAAGACGCCGAUCUGACGACUCACCAACACGGGGUCAUAGGGCUAGGGGAUCAUUUCAUUAAGCCGGACGGAGUGAUAUCCCUGCCAAUCUCAUUGGGACAACCUCAGGGUCGAAGGUCGGCGAUGGCCGAGUUCGUGAUCCUCCGAGACUCGACUGCCUAUAACAUCAUCUUGGGAAGGAAGACGAUCAACGACUUCGAGGCCGUAAUCAAUACAAAGCUGCUAGUUAUGAAGUUUGUUACCGACGACGGAUCUAUAGGAUCCGUAAGAGGAGACCUCGAGACGGCGGUCGCUUGCGACAAUGCCAGCCUCUCCUUAAGAAAGAAGUCUAAGGAGGCGUCCGGCGUAUUCCUGGCCGACCUAGAUGCCAGGGUAGACGACAGGCCCAGGCCGGAGCCAGAAGGAGAUCUAGAGAAGUUCAGGUUCGGCGACGAAGAGGAUAGAUUCACAUUCGUCAACAAGAACCUCCCGUGCGAGCUGAAGGAGCCCUUGGUCAAAAUGAUAAGAGCCAACAAAGACUUGUUCGCCUGGACACCGGCCGACAUGCCGGGCGUAGACCCAAAAAUCAUGUCGCAUCAUUUAGCCGUCAGGGCGGAAGCGCGUCCAGUGGCCCAACGUAGGAGGAAAAUGUCGGCAGAAAGGGCAGAGGAGGUGGCCAAGCAGACGGCCAGCCUCCUCGAGGCAGGCUUUAUACGAGAAGUAGACUACUCGACAUGGCUCUCGAACGUAGUCCUGGUGAAAAAACACAACGGCAAGUGGAGAAUGUGCGUAGACUACUCUGACCUCAACAAAGCUUGUCCGAAGGAUUGCUUCCCCCUCCCUAACAUAGACGCACUCGUCGACGCCGCGGCGGGAUAUCGGUACCUGAGCUUCAUGGACGCCUACUCCGGGAAGACAGUCGAAGUCUACGUAGACGACAUCCUUGCGAAGACGACAAGACCUGACGAUCUCUUAAACGAUCUGGCAAGUGUCUUUGCGUCUCUCCGACGACAUGGAAUGAGGCUGAACCCCCUCAAGUGUGCUUUCGCCAUGGAAGCAGGGAAAUUCCUUGGAUUCAUGAUAACCCAGAGAGGGGUGGAAGCCAACCCGGAGAAAUGCCAAGCCAUACUCCAGAUGAAGAGCCCGGGUGAUAUAAAGGACGUCCAAAGGUUAGCGGGACGGCUGGCCUCGCUGUCGCGGUUUCUCGGAGCAUCCGCAACAAAGGCCCUGCCAUUCUUCAACCUCAUGAAGAAAGGAAUAGCGUUCGAAUGGACACCCGCAUGCGAGGAAGCCUUUCAGCACUUUAAGGAAAUUCUGGCGGCACCCCCGGUCCUCGGAAAGCCAAAAGAUGGGGAACCGUUGUACCUUUAUCUCGCUAUAACAGGAGAAGCUCUGGCCGCGGUCUUGGUGUUAGAAGUAGGGAGGAAGCAGCAACCAGUCUACUUUGUCAGCAGGGCCCUGCAAGGGGCAGAAUUGAGGUAUAACAAAUUGGAAAAGCUAGCUCUGGCACUCCUGACCUCUUCGCGAAGGUUAAAGCAAUACUUCCAAAGUCACCAGAUUGUCGUGAGAACGGACCAAGGGAUCCGACAAGUGCUCCAAAAACCCGACUUGGCGGGAAGAAUGAUGACCUGGUCCAUUGAACUCUCCCAGUACGACAUACGAUACGAACCCCGGCAAGCCAUCAAGGCGCAGGCGAUGGCAGAUUUUUUGGUAGAAGUAGCGGGGGAUCCAACAGAAGACACGAACACACGGUGGAAGCUCCAUGUUGACGGAGCCUCCAACCAAGCGUUCGGGGGCGCCGGGAUCAUCCUGGAGAGCCCAGCCGGGGUCGUGUACGAACAGUCAAUCAAGUUCGAGUUCCCCGUCUCAAACAACCAAGCAGAAUAUGAAGCCCUUAUAGGAGGACUGGCCUUGGCAACAGAAGUUGGGGCAACGAGGUUAGAGAUAUGCAGCGACUCGCAGAUCGUCACCUCCCAAGUGAACGGGAGCUACCAAGCUAGGGACCCCCUACUGCAGAAAUACCUGGAAAAAGUCAAAGACUUGAGCCGGAAGUUUGAAGAAGUCACGAUCCAGCACGUUCCAAGAGAACGGAACACACGGGCAGAUCUCCUGUCGAAGUUGGCCAGCACCAAACCAGGAGAGGGCAACCGAUCUCUCAUCCAGGGGAAGAUGAAAGAGCCGGCGGUCACACUACAUCUCACAAAGCUAAACCCCUCCUGGCUGGACCCCAUCACCGACUUCUUAGAAAACGGCAAGCUCCCCGACAAUGAAAAAGACGCUAAGAAGCUAAGAAGGGAAGCUGCCAGAUAUGCCAUCAUCCAGGGUCAGCUGUUCAGAAAAGGGUUCAACCACCCCCUGCUGAAGUGUUUACACCCCGACCAGACGGAUUACGUCCUUAGGGAAGUCCAUGAAGGGUGUUGCGGCCACCACAUAGGAGGCAAGGCCCUAGCGAGGAAGUUAAUCCGAGCCGGAUACUAUUGGCCAUCAAUGAUGGUCGACUCCAUGGAAUUUGUCAGGAAGUGCGUCAAGUGCCAAGAAAAUGCCAACUUCCAUCGUGCGCCGGCCUCAGAACUCAGCUUGCUAACGUCCUCCCGACCAUUCUCCCAAUGGGGAGUCGACCUCUUAGGACCCUUUCCCGUAGGCCCGGGACAAGUCAAAUACCUUGUAGUUGCUGUUGACUACUACACGAAAUGGAUAGAAGCCGAACCGCUGGCCAUCGUCAUCUCGGACAAUGGGACACAGUUCACCGACAAGAAAUUCACAGAAUUCCUCGCCGGCCUGGGCAUAAAGCAGAGAUUCUCCUCGGUGGAACAUCCACAGACAAACGGCCAGGCCGAGUCCGCAAAUAAAAUCAUCCUGUUAGGGAUCAAGAAACGGUUGGACGGCAAAAAGGGCGCUUGGGCCGACGAGCUCGCCUCAGUCCUAUGGUCCUACCGAACAACAGAGCAGUCCUCCACUAAAGAAACGCCCUUUCGAUUAACGUACGGGACAGAUGCAGUGAUACCAGUAGAGAUCGGGGAACCGAGCCCACGACUACUUCUGAAGGGAAUAGAGAAAACUGUCGAAAAGGACCUGAUAGAAGAGACCAGGGAAAUGGCCCACCUGGCGGAGGCGGCACUAAAACAGAGAAUGGCUUUACGCUACAACGCCAAAGCGCUCAAAAGAAAGUUCGAAGAAAAUGACCUCGUUUUGAGGCGUAACGACAUCGGCCCAUCCACCCCUGGGGAAGGCAAGCUGGCGGCGAACUGGGAAGGACCGUACCGAAUCAAAGAGGUAAUAGGAAGAGGAGCGUACAAGCUAGAAAGACUUAACGGCAAAGAGGUCCCGAGGACAUGGAAUGCGGAUAACUUGAGAAGGUUUUAUUCCUAA